AUGGCUGUCGCAUCUAUACAAGACCGGACCGCCGAGUUCAAAUCCGUCCUGACCCAAGUCCAAAAACGACAGGCCUCAUCGAAACUCGGCGCACAAAGACGAUCGCUCCUCACCGAUUCCGAGAGGGCUGCUGCAAAUAGCGAUGCGCCACCACGGAGAUCCGAGUUCGCCAGGAGGGCUGCCGAUAUUGGAAGAGGAAUCGGCGGUACCAUGGGCAAGCUGGAGAAGCUGGCACAGCUAGCGAAACGGAAGACACUAUUCGACGACCGACCCGUCGAAAUCAACGAGCUCACCUUUGUAAUCAAGCAAGAUCUCAACUCCCUAAACCAACAGAUCUCCGGGCUCCAGACCCUCACACGGCAACAACAUCCCAAAGUAGACCAGGAAGGCGAACACAAUAAGAAUGUGGUACUAAUGUUGCAGGGGAAGCUGAGCGACGUUGGGGCGAAUUUCAAGGACGUGUUGGAGGUCCGGACCAAGAACAUUCAGAGCUCGAGAUCAAGAACAGAAAAUUUUAUAUCCACCGUCUCCCAACAUGCACAGCCAUCAAUCCAACAAUCAGCUUCACCCCUAUACGGGGCAACACCGAACAGGGGAUCACCAUCACAGGGGACCGAUCUCCUAUCGCUAAAUCCCGUGGGCGAUCAGCAACUGCUUUUGAUGGAGGAGGCACAGCCGCAGAAUACAUAUAUCCAACAGAGAGGGCAGGCUAUCGAGUCCAUCGAGAGGACCAUCAACGAACUCGGAUCGAUCUUUGGUCAACUGGCGCAAAUGGUGUCGGAGCAAAGCGAGAUGAUCGAAAGGAUAGACGCCAACACGGAGGACGUUGUGGACAAUGUGCAAGGCGCACAACGAGAACUACUCAAAUACUGGUCGACAGUGUCCAGCAACCGGUGGCUGAUAGCAAAGAUGUUUGGCGUACUCAUGGUCUUUUUCCUGCUCUGGGUCCUCGUGGCGGGAUAA